AUGAGGACGCGGCAAGAUGGUCAAUCAUCCAGUUCAGAGGACGAAGCUAAUAAUGAGAGAAGACCUUUGAUAGGUCCGCCUCCCCUGCCGCCGCCGCCUCCUGGAGGAAGCGCCAGAGUUCCGCCUCCCUCUCCUCGUCAACCGCCACCCAGUCCUCGUCAACCACCACCCAGCCCAAGUGUUGCAAGACAACAGCAGCAGCAAAGACCUCAACUUCAACCACGCCGAGGGUCGGGGGUGACGCCUCGAACAAACCAGCAGAUUCCCAAUCCUCCACCGUUACCUCCCCCACCUUAUCCAGCUCCACCCACUCCUCCCACGCCUCCGCCACCGCCUGCGAUUUGUAAUGCGGAUUGGGUGCUCCGAUUACGUCACCCUGGCAAGGGUCUCCUCCGAAUCCAUGUUCCAAGAGGAAUGACGGCCUAUAUCCUGUCCAAGUGCAUUGUCCAAGCCACAGACUAUUCAGACGAUUCUGUCGUGGGACUUUUUGGCUACCAGAAUGGAAUGUUUGUAUCGCUGGAACACUUACUGUCCUGCGGUGACACUACCUCCGAAGAAGACUCCAAAUUCUUGCGCCGGCAAAUCUAUUCUCUCUACAUGCCCAAACCGGUUCCCAAGGCUCCCUGGUGGCAUGAUUGGCGUGUCAUAUUUGGUGGAUUGGUGCUGUUCUUUGCAGUGGUGUGGAAAAAGUUGAGCCUGCUGUUGCACAUGGUCUCGGGCAUUCCAUUUUUCUUGGAGAGUGUCUGGGACCAAUUGUGCUUUUUACUGCCAGCCUUUUACCACAGUUUGGUGACCCAGCCGUUGAAAGAUACCUAUCGCUCUGGCCCGGCUGUAUUUGGUGGAUGGGAAGGUGCCUCUCUGCCUUCCAUUUGCGCACGCAUGACGUACGGCGAUCAAGAAUUCUGGGAACGCAACUUUUCCGAUUGUCAAGCCAUGUACCAAGCGAAAGAAUCGGCCUUUUUGUUUGUGGGUCGACCCCUGGUGUUUCUGGUGCUGAUGCUCAUGAUGGUGUGGAUUCUCCGUCAAUGGCUGUGGUAUCGUGCCCUACGCAUCAAUCAGCAACGCAAUCAUCAACAGUAUCAGCAGGAUAGAGAAAUGAUACAAUUCUACCGUGCCAUCCAAGUACUCUUUCGUCAACUCAACCGCAUGGCGCGUGCUGGUGACCAAGACCGUGGUGGUCGUCGACAGCUUCAACAACAAGAUGGGUAUGGUGGUGGUCCGCCUUCUUAG